AUGGCGGAAAAUGUUUCCGCUGUGAAGGAUGAAGAUGAGUUUUCUGAAGAGAACACCUUCGAAGUGUGCUCAGAAUUCAAACACGCCGACACUGAAGUUAAUGAAGAGAACUCUACCUGCGCUCGCAGAAGAUUGUUUUCGAGCAUCUCGGAAGCUGUUCGCUGUGCUAAGAAUGGAACUUGUAUCACUAUCAGGCCCGGAAGCUAUACCGAAACUUCAUGUCUAGUAUUGGACAAAGACCAUGUGAAACUCGUCGCGUCAGAAAUCCCGAAAGAUGGACAGGUGGUGAAGAUCUCCUUCGGGUCUCAAGCUCGAGCCUCCAUCGUUUGCCGUGGCAGCGGCAUUCUCCUUCAAGGCUUGGAAAUCGUGCAACUGAAGGAGGACAGCCAACAAUCUUCCAUGUCGAAACGGCUUGAUGAGUCGUCGUGCGUUCGAGUUGAGUUUGGCAGCACAGAGAUCAAGGAUUGCUCCUGCACCAGUGAGCUGGGAUACGCGCUGAUCGUGCUCAACGACGCGAAGCUGUCUGCUCGAACUUGCACUCUGCGACUUUCGUUCCAUGGCGCCUUGAUCUGCGGAGGCAGCUCACACGUCGAGUUCAGCAAGAAUGUAGUCAGUCAGAACACUGGCUUCGGCAUCGUCACGCUCGAUGACGCCGCCGGCACUUUCUCUGAGAACAGCAUCCACGAGAAUGGCAAGUGUGGCGUCGUCUGCUCGGGACAGUCUUCUGCUGUGUUCGAGAGCAAUACGGUGGCGGAUGGAGCACAGGGAGGCUUCUGGAGCCAAGACAGGUCAACGUGUACAAUCCGUAGGAAUCGCGUCUACAACAACCUGAAGACAGCGCUGCAAGUGAGCAACAUGAGUGAGCCGGACGUGUCGGACAACAAGAUCUUCGAUGGCAGGGGCGGCGGGAUAAUCGUGCACGACUCUGCGAAAGGGACUUAUCGGCGCAACCUCCUGUCAAACAACUUUCAAGCCGGGCUCGGGGUGAUGGACAACGCUUGUCCGCUGCUCGUGGACAACACGGUGCUCUCCAACAAGUCGGGAGGAGUCGUGAUGGCUGGGUCGGCACGUGCUGUCUUUGUGGGCAACACGAUCUCUGGGAAUUCAUUCGCAGGAGUCGGGCUGAAGGAGAGUGCUCAACCGCUCUUCGACGGGACGAUCAUACGGGACAAUCAUGGGUAUGGCGUGCUCAUGCAAGGAAGCUGCUUGGCGACGCUGCAGAAUUGCGUGAUCGAGGGGAACAAGAAGAGCGGCGUGUGCGGGACGGGGACGACAAGCGUCACAGUCGACAGCUGUACAAUCGGGUGCGGGAAUGAGCAGAGGACAGGUUUUCUGCUGCAUGACUCAGCGAGCAUGCAGCUCUUCAACUCCCAUCUCUUCGGGCAUCAUGGAGGGAAUGUGGUGAUGAGGGACAAGACCAGGGGGACGCUGGAGAGGAACACGAUCGCUGAGUCGGAGGGAGCAGGCCUCGUGCUCCAGGGCAACUCCGACGUGAAGCUCUUCGGCAACGUGAUCCGAGACGGGAAGGUUUCCAACGUGGUGGCGCUUGACGGAGCUCGAGUGCUGGCGGUGAGAAACUCUCUGAUGGACUCCCAUGGCGUCGGUAUGCUGGCGAUGGACUCUUGCUCGGUGAAGCUCGCCUACAACCUCGUCAUUGGCAACGGAGGGACGGGGAUCCACUGCACUGGCAACUCAUCUGCCAACCUUUGCGCCAACAGGAUCAGCCAGAACGAAAGCGGGGGCGUCAUGCUCGAGCAGUCGCAGGGGCCUGUCCUCUGCUGGAAUGUGAUCUACGACAAUGGGGGGCCUGCGAUCCAACUGCAGGAGGUGAACAGGGGAAGCCUCGUCGGCAACAUUGUGCUGGGGGGCAGCCGGGAGAGUGCGGUUCCUGUGAUGAUGGACAACCAGUCGAGUGGGCGAUGCGAGCACAACUACGUGCAAGCAAACAAGGAGAUGGAGGAGGUGGCGAGAGGAUCUUCAGUUGACUUGAGCUCGAACCACUUGCUAGCUGAGGAACAUUGGGAAGAGGUGGUGCACUGGGGGCUUGACGAGAUCCUGAAGAACAGCGGGAUCUCGGGGGAGUGUGUCGUGAUCGAGAUGCCGGGGGAGAGCGAGGAGGAGGAAGCAGGCGGCAUGCUAUGCGUUGGACUGCCCUCAGACAGGAUGUGCAAGAGCGGACUCGAGGCAGUCUUUGAGAACCUCUCGUUGGGAAGCAGGGGAGCAGAGGACGAGGUGGGGAGAGAGGAAGGAAACGGGUCGAGCGGUGAAGCGACAUAG